AUUUGUCCCGAACUGCCUCGCAAAAGUCCGGCAAAAUCAUGCAGAGCGGAAGCAUCAAGCGCGAUCCAGAGUCUGGAUCAUCCGAGCGAAUCCGCAGAUUCGCUGGCUUGCAUCCGCGGUCACUAUUUGUCGUUCAGUGGCGGAUAUUUAUGAUAGUGAUUCUCAUUUUCCUACUGCUAGCGAUCCCCAUUAUCUGCUCCAUCAUCAAGCUCAACUACCUUCACUGGGCAUGUACCAUCGGCGUCUCCAUUGCGUUCUCGAUUGACCUCCUUGUCAACCUCAUGACUCGGGACAUUGAGAUUGUGAGCCACUACGAGCAAGUCGGCCGCUCGGUAACAAAUAGCCUGACGCUUCAGCAACACCAGUCCAGAUACCUGCGCGGUCCGUUCUUGAUCGACCUGAUCACUUGCCUGCCGCUCGACCUGAUCCCCAUUCCGUUCUCGGAGCUAUUUCUGUUUCUUCGUCUGCUCAAGCUCAAGAGGCUUCCCAAGCUCGUGAGGCAGUCGCCAGUGCUCUCGUUUAUCCGAAGGGAGGUCGAAACCUUCCUUGGAGUCGGCGAAUCGUUCAUGACCAUCUUUAUGCUCGGCGGGAUCAUGGUGGCCUAUCUGCACAUCGAGUCGUGCCUGCUUUUGCUCCUCGGCAAGUUGACCAAUUUUGCAGGAUGGCAAGUCAAUCACGGCCAAGUCCAGUACCUCAGCCCCUUUGGCCAAUAUUCCUGGGCACUGUUCACGGCAAUCGGCAACACGUUCUGUUUAGCCUUCAUCCCCACAGACUCUCUGGAACAAUGGAUGACGGUUGCGUUCGUUAUCACGGGCACACUCAUUUAUGCAACGAUUGUCGGCACUAUUUCGUCUUUCAGUUUUGGACUGGAUGCCUCCGGUCGACUCUACAAACAAAAGAUGGACGAAGUCAACGAGUACAUGCGAUACAAGAACCUCUCCGAUGACAUUCGCCGAAAAGUGCGGCACUACUACGAAAUCAAGUACCGCGGCAAGUUCUUUGAAGAGGCAACAUUGCUGGCCGAGAUGAACGAGUCACUGCGACAGGAGAUUUCGAUCCAGAACUGUCGAGAGCUCAUCUCCAAGGUGCCUUUCCUAAGAAGAGAGCAAAGCGAUGGCCGCGACGAGCAAUUCCUGGGCCGCAUUGCCACAGCCCUACGGGCCUGCUACUUUGUCGCUGGCGAUGUUAUAUUCUCGCAAGGACAGACGGGAACAGACAUGUUCUUCAUCCACACCGGCAAGGUUCAGAUCAUUGUGAAUGGAAAUCCUGUCGCCAACCUCGGCGACGGUAGCUUCUUUGGAGAGGUGGCGCUGAUCGCCCAGAUCCCUCGCACGGCAACUGUCGUCGCUGUCACAUCUUCGGUCAUGUAUCAGCUCGUACGAAGCGACUUUUUGAUCAUUCUGCAAGAGUUUGAGGACAUGCGGCAGCGGAUCAACCGCAUCUACCAGGAGCGUAUGGAGCGCGUGCGCAUGGAAGAAGAGUCCAAGAAGCUAGUAGAGGCGUCGAUACGAAGCGCCUCGAUAUCGUCCGUGCAGCCCGAAGCCCAGGACGAAGGCGGCGCCCGGCGAUUGAGUCUCCAGCCGCCGGGUAUCGGCGCGGUGCACGAGGAGCCUGGGAUGCAGGACGACCACGAUCUGUUUUCGGACGAAGAGUACGAGGACGACGACGAUGAUGACGACGAUGACGACGACGACGACGAGGAUGAAGAUCGGUACUCGAUCUCACCAGAGCCUGCACAGGGGUACAGGCGCCGGCAGUCGGCCGUCUGAGAUCGGCAGACUCGACGGCGCAAGUCCUCCUAUUCCGCGACAUGAGUUGGCUCGUGCACAUGUAUGUGUAGUACGCGAGUGUAAUCUAGGGAGUGUCUCAAUAAACACUCCAUUCUACAGCC